AUGAGAGUCGCCACUAUCUUCACCAUGGCCACCUUCGCGGGUAGUGCCCUUUCCAUCGCCGUCAAAGACACUGCUACUGCUGGGGGCGGUACUCCCAACUCCCCCGGCUGCGCCCGCCAAUGCCUCGUCACUCUCGUGCCAUCGGAUGGAGCUUCUAAACAACUUACUCAGGGUUUCGCCGGCUCGUGCAGGGAGUACGCUCGACGCGAGUUGUCAGGUGGUAGUCUUGAUGUUGAUGGAGGAAAGCUGAGCAUGAAUGGUGUAAACAACAUUCUCGUUGUUGACUUUGUUAAGAACGGGCGCGAUCGUCGUGCUUCCUUCACCGACUGCAAGAACGCUGUUUUCACCGGAGCGCAGUGCAGUAUUAAGGAGGGAGGUUGCACUUUCCAGGCCCAGUCUGGCUAA